UCAUGUCGAGUUUACCUCGUCCUUGCGUCUUCUUCGACAUGGCCGUCGCCGCCGCCGUUGGAUCCGACAAGCCCGUCGGAAGACUGGUGGUGGAGCUAUGGGUUGAUGAGGCGCCGAGGGCUUGUGCGAUGUUUACAGAAUUAUUGUCUACUGGCGAUGCGGGGAUGAGAAUCGUCGAAGAGUUUUUCACCUACGUUGAUCCUGGCGUUAUGAUCCGAGGACAGCAUGUUAGCGAGCAAGAAAGGAUAGUGGGGGUGAUGGUUUGCGGCAUGGAGGCUGGAGGAGGGUGUAAUGUCAGCAAGGGCAUGGUUGGUAUUCUCUGCAACGAGGAACACCCGAAUAUCAGCCAACACUUUAUAGCCCUCGGUCCUCUACCGCAUCGUCCAGGCACCACGCACACCGUCUUUGGCCGUGUAAUCUCAGACACCUCGAUGCUCGACCAGCUAGCUCUCGCAGCAGUCGACACGUCAAACUCAAGCCACCUUCUAUCGCCGAUCUUCAUAACCUCCUACGGUCUCCUCGACAUUGCACCAUCCACAACCACAGCCACCCCCCUCGAUAUCUUCGAAGAGCGCGGCCGGCAUAAACGACGCCGCAAGUCCUCUCACACCCCCACACGCAUGCGCUCACCGUCCCCAUCCCGCGGCCACUACCGCGACAGCGGCUCCCGACACCGCCGCCUGCACGACCACUACCGGAAACACCACCGACAAUCGUCCUCCUCAUCAAUCUCCAUCUCACCGCCGCUCUCAAGCCGUAAGAUCCGCCGGAGGAGUGACGCAGAGCUCGAUCAUACGCUGCGCGGACGGGCGCGCAAGCGGUCGAGAACGCGAUCUCCGAUUGUGGAGAAUGAAGAGGAGGCGCUGGAACCGAGGUCGCAUCGGAAGAGGAGCCCGCCGCCGAGUCGACAUCGGCCUGCGGGCGGGAGGGCGGAGGGGAGUGGGGUCAGGAGGCAGAGGAGUUUGCCGAAUAUAUAUAGGGAGGAGCGAAGUAAUGGAGGUGGGUUUGUGGAUGGGGAUAUGGAAGGGGUAAAGGGGGGGCCCGUUGGGUAUAAGGGGAAGGAAAAUGAGGGUAUGGGGCGUCGGGCACGGUGAAGACAGGAAGGUCGAUGAACGCUGAGUGUGUCUUUAGGAGUCGUUCGGUACCUGGCUCUGAGUGGUAGGGGCGUUUGUGGAAUUGAUAC